AUGAAGAUCCAGAGUGCCAACCUCAAGUUGAGUCCAAAGAAGUGCUCACUAUUCAAACGGCAAGUUAGUUUUUUGGGGUAUGUAGUGUCGGAAGAAGGUAUCCGCACGGAUCCAGAAAAAAUUGCCGCUGUCAAGGAGUGGCCGGUUCCAAAAGACAAGACACAGGUUAGAGCAUUUUUGGGUUUAUGCUCUUAUUAUCGGCGAUUUGUGAAGAACUUUGCAGAUAUAGCCAAACCUCUGCACAAGCUAACCGAGGAGAAGCGACAAUUCUGCUGGGAUGAAAGUUGCGAUAUUGCAUUCCAGGAGCUCAAGAACCGUCUGUGCAAAACACCUAUUUUGGGGUACCCUGAUGCGGGCAAGGAAUUCAUAGUUGACACAGACGCAAGUGAUAUAGGACUUGGCGGUGUGUUGUCUCAACGGAAUGGUGAUCAAGAUAUUGUGAUAGCGUACUUCAGCAAGUCGUUGUCAAAGCCGGAAAGGAACUAUUGUGUCACAAGACGGGAAUUGCUUGCUGUGGUAAAGUCCUUGCAGCAUUUUAGCAAAUAUCUUCUAGGGCGGAAAUUCCACUUACGAACUGACCAUGCUGCACUCAAAUGGCUAUUGCAGUUCAAAAAUCCGGAAGGACAAGUUGCGAGAUGGAUUGAACUACUGCAGGAAUACGACUUUGUGAUCGAACAUCGCAGCGGGAAAUCUCAUGGCAAUGCAGAUGCAUUGUCAAGAAGACCUUGCCCUGAAGAUUGCAAGCAUUAUACUAGGCAAGAGGGUAAGGAAGUGGUAUCUGUGAGAAUGCUCAGGACAGACCAGCUCAGCAAUGAGUGGAAGGACAGCCUACAACAUGCACAGCAGGAAGAUUCGGACAUUAAGCCGAUUCUGGAAUGGAUGAAGGCCAGUGCUCCUAAGCCCAAGUGGAGCGACGUCUCAGCAAUGAGUUCGACCACGAAAAGCUAUUGGGCCCAAUGGGACAGCUUGCUGAUUCAGGAUGGAGUCCUGUGCCGUAAAUGGGAAAAUGGUCGGGGAGACAGAUGUCAUUUGCAAAUGGUUGUCCCUAAGGCUAAAGUACCGGAUGUUCUACAACUGUACCAUAGUAGUUCUUCAGGAGGCCACCUGGGUGUUAAACGAACUCCCCUGAAGAUCCGAGAACGGUUUUACUGGGUCCACUGUCGUGAUGAUGUGGAGGACUGGUGCCGCAAAUGUACAAGUUGUGCGGCUGUAAAGGGACCUCAAAUUCGUAGUAGAGGCGCAUUGAAAUUGUACAAUGUUGGUGCACCAUGGGAGAGGAUAGCCAUUGACGUUGCGGGGCCGUUUCCGGAAAGUGAAAGUGGUAACAAGUAUUUCAUGGUUGUGAUGGAUUACUUCACUAAGUGGCCAGAAGUCUUCGCCAUUCCAAAUCAAGAAGCUUCAACAGUUGCAGAUAAACUAGUUCAUGAAGUCUUCUGUCGUUUUGGAGUACCCUUAGAGAUUCACAGCGAUCAAGGAAGGAAUUUCGAGUCUCAAAUAUUCCAGGAAACUUGCAGAGUUAUGGGUACUCAUAAAACACGAACAACUUCUUACCACCCACAAUCUGAUAGAAUGGUAGAACGAUUUAAUCAGACAUUGGAAAGGUACCUGGCAAAAGUUGUGGAAAAACGGCAACGAGACUGGGACAGGCACAUACAACCGUUUUUGUUGUCAUAUCGAGGCGCUGUUCACGAAAGUACAUCAUUGACGCCAGCUUUCGCAAACUUUGGGAGAGAAUUACGGCUGCCUGCAGACCUGAUCACCGGAAUACCACCAGAUGCCCCAUGCAGUAUAACCGAUUAUGCAAAUGACUUGCGGAACAAAAUGAAUGACAUUUAUGAGCACGUCAGACAGACGGGCCAGCAAACGUCUGAGAAGAUGAAAACACGGUAUGACCGCAAAAUAAACAACAAGGGGUUUGAUGAAGGUUCUCUAGUGUGGUUACACAAUCCAGUUCGCAGCAAAGGGAAAUCUCCUAAGCUUUAA